CGCGAGCGUCAUUAAUAGUCGCCACAUAUUAUGCACUCAGGGGGCAGUUGUGUAAGGAGCUACGUUACUAACACAAACAUUUGUGCUGUAGUUCAGCAUAAUGGCGCUUUUUCGUGUCUGUUCUGUUAGCAGGUGUUUAGUGAGGAACGGGCUGCUUGCGGAGUCAUUAACAGUAUGCUCCAGCUCCAGGACUGCUGGAUACUCAUCCGGCGGGGUGUUAAAGGAUAAAGAGCCGCUCCGCAAAGCAAAAACACCCCAGGGCAAGUUCGACACGGACGACAAAGACUCGCCAGCUAAAGACGUCCUUGAGAAGUUUCCAGAUGAUGUGAAUCCAUACACAAAAGAAAGAGGUGGUCCCAGAGGCCCUGAGCCGACACGGUAUGGAGACUGGGAGAGAAAGGGACGCUGUAUUGACUUUUAGAUGAUCAUCAGAAUUAUAUGUUAAUACUUGUUUAAUUUGUUUGGUGUAUGUCCAAACCAGACACUGAUCAUCAUAUUGAAUGUUUAGUGUGUGCUCGUCCACCACAUAACAGAUUUUGAAGAGAUACUGUAUAUUGUGUAUUGUGAGCUUUGCACAUUUUUGGGAGUCUUCCUAAAAUUAUUUAUUUUUGCUAAUAUAGACAUUGUACAAUGUACCAUUGUAUUACCAUAAAAUGUACUGAAUGUCAGUAUAAAUAAACAAACAAACAAACAAACACACAACUCUUUAUGUUCCAUGUGUGUCUGACUAUUCUUUAUGCUGCAUGUUAAUGUUGCUGACAGUUACAUCAUUUUAAGCAGCGUACAGUUUAAGGAUGUAAACGCCAGCUACAGAACAAAAGGUAUUGUUUAAAUGUGAUAUGGUUAAGUGAACUAAAUAAUUGUCAUAAUAUCUAGUGUGCAUUAUAAAUUGUUAAACUUUUAAUUAGUAAGUUUAUCUACAAUGCAUAAUGCAUAUGCUUAUCAUUAAAUAAGGUCAACAGACAUUUGUGCUAUGAGAUAUACUUUUCUGCCAUCCCCUAAGGAGAUGCCUUCUUUACUGAGCUGUGGAUUGUGGGUACUGCACAGAUAUAUUUUCUUCCCCAAGGUACAAACAACAUAAAUAUUUUGUAAAUAUUACAACAUACCGACUGACAUCACCUUGAAAUGGCCAAUUAUGCUCAUUCAAACUCUGUCUGCUGAUGGCAAGCAGCAUGAUCCGGAAUUUGAACCAACGUUCCUCAGAUAUAGUGUGUCUUGGUCUGUUGAACCACUCCAGAUGAUGCUCUUUUUACGUAUGCAAAAAUAAACAGACCUGGGACGUGGAGUGCCCUUUGAAUUCCAGAGCUAGUCACCACCGAUCACUAGCACUGCACUGCUGUAUGUAGCAUGUAAUGAACUUGGGCUAUGUGAUAUUUAAAUAAUGAUUUAUGCUAAUAAAAAAGUAAACAUUAUUUCUGUGGUGUAUCUUUGUUUUAUUUCUUAUAGUGUCUAGAGCAGAGGUUUGUUGCUAAUGUGUCACUGCUAGGCUUGCUAUGGGACUUAGGUUCCUGUGUUCUGAUCCUGAAUUUCUAAGCUGGGAUAUGUGAAGAGAAGAAUUUCAUUGUACUGACAGCAAAAGGCACUGUUAUUAAAUAUUUACAGCAAUGCUCAUAUUGUGAAUCCCUCAGUGAGGAGUGUCUGUAUAAAUCUUAUAUGUCUUCACCUUCCUAAAAUAAUCGCCUGUGAUUGUGUUGUUUGCACAAUUGACUUUUUUUGCUUAAAUCAUUUCCUUAUGAUGCUGUAUGGCCACCUGUUUUAUACGUCAAAUACCUGUUCACCUCAAUAAAAAUAUUUAAUAUUUUUU